UCUAAGCCUCACCCGCACACCUCUAUACCGCCACCACCAAGUACGAAACCUCCGGGACCAACAACUACUGUCCUUCCAGCUGCAGACUGGAAUUUCAACCUUGAAGAAUAUGCCCCAGAAAUACAAAAACCCUGGUCACCGCCAUCUUUCCUCCAAUAGCAGGCUUAUUAGACGCUUUGAUCGACAGCCUAUUGGAUUGCCCCGCCGAUAAUGAUAUGCUUCAAACCCAUAUCGCCCUUCAAAUCGCCUAUUUGUAUGACUGGGCGCCCGUGCUGCAAGAGCGGACGUUUGCAGAACGCUUGAUGUAUGAGCAUCGUCCGUAUCAUUUCGAUGUCCUGUCUGGAAUGAGCCAUGGCACUGUACCGUUCAUCUCUCAUCAACGUAAUGUUCGAGAAGCAUUACGGCAAAGCACACAUGAACUUCAAGAAUGCUCCGCUCGCGACAACAAAGCCUUGUUUAGUGGAGAAAGGGAGGCACAACUGUUAGCCUCGAUGCAUAAUCCUUUCCCUGGAAAGGAGGAAGAUUGGAAAGAAGAAGAUGGCUGGGAAGUUUAUGACCAUUUGGAGAAUAUUGAAGGCGUGGAGAAUGGCUACAUCAAACCAGGCGACUUGGAGGAUAUCAAUAGGCAAGGGGCUUAAGGGCUUUGGUAGCCUGAAAACACUUCCCUAAGGGUCCAA